AUGUCGUCCGAACCGUCGCGUCCGCGGCACUCCACGGACGAGGAUAGCGAUCACAUGGAGAUGGACGGGGAGGUCAGCGCAUCCAAAUUUAGAAAAGACCUCCUAAAGUGGAAGAAGAACCGCAGCAAUUUAGGCAUCGGGGGAAGCGCUAAGGAGCACGGGUCCGAAAGCAUGGUAGGCUCGGGAGGCGGCGCGAACCUCAGUUACGGCGACGAGGGGUUUACAUGGAAGACAUGGCGCCUGUCGCGACAGCUGGGUUUCACGUCGCAGGAUGUGAACACGGUGAAGGAGUUUCUAAAGCACCGCGACGCGUGGAGCACGCUCGAGGACAGCCCCUCCAAUCGCUUCUACGUCUUCGAGUACAUGCAGAACGUUCGCGCCAACCAUCCCAACAUACUGAAGGAAUUCCGCGAGGCGCUCUUCACGCACAACCUCACGGAGGACGAUUUGAACCAGGAGAAGCGCGAAACACUACAACUCCUCGCGCUCAUGUUUUGCGACAAGGAGGGGCUGUGGCGCCUACGCAAGCAACAACUCCUCGAGAUCAUCGUCUCGUCUAAGUCCUGGAUUGACCGGAACGGCGGCGGCGGAGGGGGAGGGGGCGGGGGUGGGGGAGGAUCGGGAAGUGGCGGUGGUAGUGGUGGGGGUGGUGAAUCGCGAUCGUCUUCCUCGUCACCGUUUAGCCGGGUGGCUUCGAGGAAGGCGCCGGGCGGGAUUAACAGCGCGGAAGAGGGGGCGGCGGCGGCGGCGGCGCAUCGUUUCGCACGCGUGAACUCGCGGCAGGCGGCCGGCGGGCUCAACAGCGCGGACGGCGGCGGUUCGAACUUUGCCCGCGUGAGCUCGAGAAAAGCCGCCGGGGGAAUUAACUCGCUGGAGGAGGAGCAGCGGCAUGCGGCGGCGUUUGCGCGCGUGAACUCGCGGCAGGCCCCCGGCGGGCUUAACAGCGCCGAUGGCGGAGGAGGCGGGCACCCGCCAGCCUUCUCCCGCGUGAUUUCGAAGAAGGCGCCCGGCGGAGUGAACAGCGCGGACGAGGACCGGCGCGCGGCGGCGUUUGCGCGCGUGAACUCGCGGCAGGCGGCGGGGGGCGUGAGCAGCGCUGAUAGCGGGGGAGGGGGGUCGCACCACACGUCCCCGUUCGGGAGGGUGAACUCGAGAAAAGCGGCGGGGGGAGUGAAUAGCGCGGAUGACGAGCAGCGGCAUAGGGAGGAGCGGGAGAGGCAAAAGGAGGAGCGCGAGCGGCUUAGAGAAGAGCGGCACUCGUCGGCGUUUGGGCGGGUGAACUCUAAAAAGGCAGCCGGGGGAGUCAACAGCGCGGAUGGGGAAGGCGGGCAUGGGCACGGGGAGAGGGCGGAAAGGGGGUUCGCGCGGAUAAACUCGAGGCAGGCGGCGGGAGGAGUGAAUAGCGCGGACGGGGAAGGGGGGCAUGGGGAGAGAGAACGGGAACGGUCGUAUGGGCGGGUUAACUCCAGGCAGGCGGCGGGAGGGGUGAACAGCGCGGACGGGGAAGGGGCGGGGCACGGUGAGCGGGGAGAACGGGCGGAAAGGGCCUUUGCGCGCAUUAACUCACGGCAGGCGGGCGGGGGAGUGAACAGCGCGGAUUCGUCAAGCGAGCAGCGACGGGAGCGCUCGUACAACAGAGUGAACUCGAAGCAAGCCCCGGGCGGAGUAAACAGCGCCUCGCGUUCUGCCCACGGAGCAACAACCGGGGGAGACGGCGGAGGCGGAGGUGGGGCGGGAGCGGAAGGAGGGCCUGGGGACGUGUAUAACAACCAGAGCAGCUUUCUGGAGCGAGAUAAGGAGCUGCUGCGCGCGUUUCUGUCCAACCCGCAGCAGUGGGACUCGCUCCUGGCCCGCACGCCCAUGCACGCGCGGUUCCUGGCGACGGUUCGCGAGCUUCGCGAGGCGCAGCGCGACGAGCUGCGACGGCUGCGCGACGUGAUCAUGGGGCAGAAGCAGGCGCUGGACGUGGAGGAUAUUCACGGGCUGGGCCUGGGCGUGCUGCAGGUGCUCGCCUCUGUGCUAUGUGACUCUAUCAAGGUCACCUCCACCAGCAGAGAAGACCUCGUUACAGUGUGCCUCGCUAUGGGCCCAUGGCACCCCACGGCUGGGGACGAUAUGGACGAUCACCAUGCAGGGGGCGGCAUGGGUUCACCUGGUAUGGGCGGCAUUGGCGGCAUGGGUGGGAUGGUUGCGGCAGGGGGGCCGGUUCGGGACGCGGCAACGCUCAGGCAGGAAGCAGCGCACGCAGCAGCAAUGGCAGCAAAGCAGAUCGAGGAAGAGGAGGAAGAAGCGGCAGCUGCUGCCGCUGCUGCAGCAUCCGCAUCAGCUUCAGCAGCACCAGUGUCGUCAGCGCCAGGCGGGGGGAUACCGCGAGGGGGCAAGGAGAGAAUGAGCCGCCGGCGAUCGGUGGAGUCAGCAAAGGAUGCGAGAGAGGGAGGAGGGGAGGAUAGCCCCGGGAGUGAAUCGGAGCGGUCUGAAGCGAGCUUUAUGAGCGUGGAAAGCGGGAGACAGUCGAGCAGUGGGGGGAAGAGGUCGUCCCGGAAAGGCGCUCUCUCUUCGAAGCAGAAAAAAGAGCUGGAGAAACUCAAAAUGGACGUUCAAGUCAUGGAAGAGAAGAGCCGUAUGCGAGGGGAGGAGUAUGUGGCAGGCGGGGGGGCCCCAGCUGGCGCGGAUAUGGAUACGAUCUGGGCGAAUCUGAAUCUAAAUAAGAAUGAUGACCCGAUGCAGAAGCAGCGACCGUCGACGGGCGUUCCGUCGAGGCGGUCGCGAGGUAUGGAGUUUGUUAAGACUAACAGUGAUCACUUGGACGUUCGGAGUCCGGGGUCUACUGCUUCAAUGAGCUUUCGGGAUGAGGACGGGGACGGGGAGAAGAAGAAGAGCAGCAAGGAGAAGAAGGAAAAGAAGGAGAAGAAGGAGAAAAGCAAGAGGAGGUCGUCGGCUGUGGAUUCGGCGUCGGGGCAGGAUAUGAGUGAAGGGGAGAUGUCUUGCACGAGCAGAAGCUCUAGGGCUAGUGCCAAGCCGCGGCGGUCCCGGAAGGACCAUCAGCCAGCUCAAGUGGUAGAGGAAAGUGGGGAUAGCAUAGGUGGUUCGGACUCGCAUCUGCCGCCCCUCGCGCCGAACCACGUGGGAGGCUCGGCGCUUGGGAGACUGUCAGUGGGUUCGUCGGAGCUGGGGGGGACUGAUCUUUCUAUUGUGGAGUCUGGUUCGGGAAGCAUGGUGGAAGGCUCAUUGGAAGGGGAGCAGGACGAGGAAUUGGAAGAGGUGAUGCGGCUCGAGCAGGAGGCGCUGCUGCGAUUCUCCCAGGGGACGAAGCAGCUGGAGAAGCAGAUUAAGGAGGACCGGAAGCAGGCAGAUGCGGCGGUAUCGCGGCUGAAUGCAGCCAAGGAAAAGCUGGCGGCGGCGCAGAGAGCAGUGGAGGAGGAGGAGAGGAGGGUUGCAGAGGCGGACGAGAGAUUCAAAGGGUCGGUUAUGGCAAUGGAAGACGGGAAGGAGCUUAUGGAAGAAGCGUGUUUGGUUGUGAAAAGCAAGGCUGGGGAGUGCCGUGCUGCGUGGAAGAAGCACCUAGAUGUGACCAACAGGCUGACGUCUGCUCUGCAGAUGGGCACACCUGGUGCGAGGAAAUCGGCAAACCGGCAGCGGCAGGAGGAUUUUGAACUGGCUGCAAAGACUCAUGAGGAGUUUGUGCGGCUGUAUGAGGAGUUGGAGGCUCUCUGCAAGCCGAGCCUGCAGCAGGCGAUUACACGGCUGGCGAGUUGUGCUUUAAGGAUGGAUGAUGCGGAUUUGGGGUUGGGCGGAGGAGGGGGUGGAGGGGGAGGGGGAGGGGGCAUGAGAGGGUUUAUGAUGGAUGGAGGGGGUGGGGGCGGGGGUGGGGGGAGUGGGGAUGGAAUGGAGGGAGCUGCGCCGAUGGGGGCUUUGUAG